ACUCAUAAAUAAUUGUUUACGAAACUGUAUCUUAUAAAUCAAAGUUGUUUUGGACAUCGACUGGAUUAGGUAUAUGGUAAUUCGCAAAUAGAUUUUAGGCAAUAUGGAUAAGAAACAAAUAACGGGGGUGAUUUUAGCGGUCCUCGUGUUGGGUGCUGAUGCCAACGCGAUCAGUGGUAAAAAUGCAAAUGCGAGGUGGGAUUUUGGUCUCUCUGCGAACGUGAACGAAUAUGUCGAUAAUACUAUUGAUCUUAUUAUUCCGUUCCUGCAAAAUAAUGGCUUGGAUCCCAUGGAGCUACCAGAAAUUAUUGAAGGCUUCGAAGUCAGACCUCUCCUCAUUACGUACAGCGCUUGGGUGCAACUUCACGAUGGCUACAUGACAGGCCUCGUCAACGUGGCUCGAUCUGGUGACCAGAAAGUGAACUAUUUCGCUAAAAUGUUGCGAGUUCGCGUCGAACUUGAGUUCACUAACCUCGAAUUCAUGUACAAGUACCUCAUUAAGGUGAUGAACAUUGGACCAACUGGUGGUGUCAUCGGCUCCUUGGACAGAUUCUUCAUUGUCGCUGACGUGCUUAUCGAUUUCAAUAACGACGAAGUCCACUUACAGCAAUUCGCUUUGCAAAACAUCGGCCGUCUCCGCGUACGCCUCACCGGCAAUAUUCUGACUGACUGGCUCCUGAAUCCUUUCAUCACACUUUUCGUGACCAUCUUCGAUACGAUUAUUAUGCGCGUGGUCGAGGUCAACAUCCGUAACGCAGCUCAGAGCGCCAUUUUGACGAUCAACUCCGGCAUCCGAGACGUGAUAAAUGUCAUCGAAUCAUACAACUAACGCAUCAACAGUUUACGAUA